GCCGCGUCACUCUGCCCCGGCGCGGUGGCUGCGGAGCUGGCAGGACAGGAGCCGGCACAGACACCGAGCGCCGCCCGCCCGCGCCUUCCCCGCCGCCCCGCCGGCGCCCCCGGCCCCCCUCACCGCUCACCGGGGCGAGGCCGCGCCCUCUGAGCGGGGGAUGCCGGCCGUGCCCCGCGACCCCAGCCCCGGGCAGCCCCCUGCGCUCUGGGGGACCCCCGGCGGCCGUGGCCGGGCGCGCUGAGCUGGUGCUGAAGGGACAGCUCCCGGCCGAGCCCCGCAGCCCCCGCAGCCCCGGGCGGCUCAUGGUCCCCGAAGCCGAAGCCGAAGCCCAGGCCCGGGCGGGGAUGCUGGGGAUGCCCCGCGGGUGAGGCCCCCGCUGCAGCCGUGUUCAUGGCGGUGGCCAGGAAGAUCCGAACUUUGCUGACGGUGAACGUCCUGGUAUUUGUGGGCAUCGUCCUGUUCUCCGUGUACUGCCGCCUGCAGGGCCGCUCCCAGGAGCUCGUGCGCAUCGUGAGCGGCGACCGCCGGGUGCGCAGCCGACACGCCAAGGUGGGCGCGCUGGGGGACCGUGAGGCCAUCCUGCAGCGCCUGGACCACCUGGAGGAGGUGGUUUACACCCAGCUCAACGGCCUCGCCAAGCCCAUUGGCCUGGUGGAGGGGCCAGGAGGCCUGGGCCAGGGCGGCUUGGCGGCCACCCUGCGUGAUGACGGCCAGGAGGCGGAAGGCAAGUAUGAGGAGUACGGCUACAACGCUCAGCUCAGCGACCGCAUCUCCCUGGAUCGGAGCAUCCCCGACUACCGGCCCAGAAAGUGAGUGACUUCCCCCACCCCACGCCGGCCAG